AGUUCGCGGCUUCCUGCUGGAGUGUGGAUUGUGCCGUGCGGGGCUCUUUGUGUGAGUGGGGGCGGGGAGCGGGAUGGGAUCGCGUGCGUUGCACGCAGUGCUCGGGGUGGGGGUCGCAUGAGGGUGGGUUGGGGCUGCACGUUGCUUUUGCUUAUGGCUUUGGUUCUGUCCGCCUUUCUCUUUUUCCCUGUCCGCGGAGAGGGGCAGAGCGAAGCUGCUCUCUGAGGAGGGCUCUGCCGGGAACGCCGCUUUCUGCAGCCGUUUGGCGUGUAUUUUUUUUUUUUUUCCCUUUCUUGAAAGAAAGGGCUGCGGGGCACGGAGGGGCCGAGCGCAGAUCCCUGCGCGCCGCCUCCCGGCCCUCCGCCGGCGCUGCGCGGGGAGGAGCGGCGGGGGCUGCUCGGAGCGGGGCCGGGCUGGGCCUCGGGCGACGCGGUCGCGGAGCGGUCCGGCUGCGGGCGGCUGUGGGGUCUGUGCCCGCCCGGCUGCGGGGCGGCCCCGCCGGGAGCUGGAUGGCGAUACCGCCCUUCUCCGAGCGCGGCUCGGUACCUUCACCGAAUCGCUGUGGCGAUGUAGGGGUGGUGAAGGGGAAGGCUGCUGUGCUUUGGGAUGGCCUUUCGCUCCCGUUGCAGUAUCCUAAAGGUAUGAAUUUCCAGUUGGAAUGCGGGCCCGGCUUGUUAUAAUUGCGGCGUGGCGGUGAGGAGGCCGUGAGCAGCCGAGGCGCUCAGAGCUGGAGGAGCCGCGCUUCGCUUGCGGCGCCGUGCUUCUAGAAUGGAAGGAACUCGCACGCAGUCUGUGCUCCGUUCCUCGGCGGAUUAGGAAACGCUGCGGCUGAAAAUCCGCGCCGAGCGUGCGGCUGUGUGCUGCCCCUGCCUGGGACAGCAGGCGGUGCCACAUUGCAUCUGCUUGCUUCACUUGCUGCAGCUCUUGCAGUAGGAUACCACUAGAUCUUCUCGCCUGAUGUCAAAGACUUGCAGGUUAUCUAUAAAGGGACAAUAAUUCCUCCACCAGAAGGUAUCGGAGAGCAGUCUGACUACCUUUAUUUGACACCGUAUUUCUUGUAUUAUGCUCAGGGAACAAAUAUAGGUCUGGCAUGGUACUGAGUGCAAGGAUGACCUUGAGCUUGAGUGCAGGGAAAGAGUGCAAUUCCCCGGUAAAACAUGGGAUUAUGUGCUCCAGAGAAAAUAAAUAUAGCUUGAAAGGCAGAACUUUCUGGUUGGGGGUGUCUCAGAAAUGCUGUGCAAUGGUAGUUUCAGAAUUGCAUCUGCAUUUAUGGCUCCAUGAAGUGAUCAGAGGGAUUGUUAACAUCAUCACGCUAGCCUGCUUCGGUACCAUCUUAUGAAUGCUUUGCAGUUCUGGCUGUGUUGGUUCAUAAGAUGAUGUGCUGGUUUGCUGCCUUUGAAGACGAAUCCCUCGGAUGAACUGGAAGUGUGGAACUUUUUGUAUGAGGCAGUUAAACAUGCUGAGUAAGGUGGCAUUUUGUAAAGUGCAAUGAAGGAGGGGGUUACUGUCUGUCUUCUCUGCGUGUAAGAGGAGCCUUCAGAUGCUAAACUCUUCAUAGAAGCUCUCAAUUGAUCAAACUUCAAUAGAAAUUAAAACCUUGUGACAUCUGAGGUAACUCUCCAGGAGCUGUGGCAAGGGAGGAGGAGCCAAGAAAUAAAGUGCAUCUGACCUGUUCUGGAAUGGACUUUGUGCCAUGCAGGCAGGGUUCAUAGAGGUCUUUGAAUCACAGCUUUGUGUAGCAAUAUGAGACUGAGUAAUAGUAACCUUUCAGAGGCUUGUGUCUCCAUGCCAGAUUAAAUCAAGAUGUCUUCAGGAAAGGCUUUCAUUGGAAAACCAGCCCCUGAUUUUACUGCCACAGCUGUAAUGCCAGAUGGGCAAUUCAAAGAUAUCAAGCUCUCUGACUAUAGAGGAAAAUAUGUUGUGUUCUUCUUCUACCCUCUGGACUUCACUUUUGUUUGCCCAACUGAAAUUAUUGCGUACAGUGACAGAGCUGAUGAAUUCAAGAAAAUUAACUGUGAAAUAAUUGGAGCUUCUGUUGACUCUCACUUCUGUCACCUUGCCUGGAUCAACACUCCUAAGAAACAAGGUGGUUUGGGCACUAUGAAAAUCCCACUGGUUUCUGACACAAAGCGUGUUAUUGCCAAAGACUACGGAGUACUUAAAGAGGAUGAAGGUAUUGCAUACAGGGGUCUGUUCAUAAUUGAUGAGAAGGGGAUCUUGAGGCAGAUAACAAUCAACGAUCUUCCUGUUGGCCGUUCUGUUGAUGAGACCCUCAGGCUUGUGCAGGCCUUCCAGUUUACAGAUAAACACGGAGAAGUGUGCCCAGCUGGCUGGAAGCCCGGCAGUGACACAAUCAAGCCUGAUGUUCAGAAAAGCAAAGAGUAUUUCUCCAAGCAGAAAUAAACUUUCAUUCUGAGUGGAAAGUAGUAUGCCUUACAUAAAGAGCAAGUACCAGUUACCAAACUUUGACUAAAUCAUUGCAUUUGAGUCAAGGGAUCAUGCUAUAGGUAUAAACAGUAACUUUUUUUUACUUGAAGGAAAGUUUGUCCUGUUGACAGUAACUUCAUAGAAAACCCUAAUGAUCAAUAUCUGUACAUCAUGGCCUAUUGCCUUUAGUGACAAUGCAGUGUAUGUGGUUAGCCAUGUGUUGCAUAUAGAAAAUGGUAUCCUUUUGUAACUAUUAAACUUGUGGAAAGAGCA